AUGCCCAAGAACCCGCUCAAGUUCGCCCGCCGCAAGUCCUCUGGCAACAUCCUCGACGAAGAGUCGCCCGCCGCCUCGCCAGCCCAAGCUAGCUCCUCCUUUCGCGUCCUCGAGCGGCCCGAAAAGAUCAACCUCAAUGGCGACAACAGAGGCGCCGCGGACAGGUUAAGACAGGUGCAGCGGCCUUUCAACUCGCCGCUGGUAGGCCUGCGCGGGAAAUCGGUGGAGAAUUUGACUGCGGCGGUGAAUAGGUGUGUCGGAGAUGCAGGUGAUGGAUACGCUGCGAGCAGGAAACUAAACAGCUACAGGGGCAGCGCUGGAACCACCAACUCCGGCUCAAGCGGCUACAACGAGUCUCUGUCGGCAUCUGCACGACAUAGCUCGUCGUCUACCCUUCCGUCCUCCGUGGACGCUGAGCGGGAGCCGGACGAGGACGACUUGUUUCCACGCAAAGUCAAGACGACGCCCAUGUACCCAGGCAGCACACCCAAGGCUGACGCGCCACUCCCGCCGCCUCCUUCAUUCUCCACCCGCGCAGCGAGGGCUCUCUCCUGGGGCCAAAAGCACAACCGGAACGGCUCGGGAGUAGCCAAUGCGCCGCCCGUACCUCCUGUGCCCAAUGUGCCCGAAAGAAGCCACAGUCCUCCCCAGAGAGAACGCGCCUUGACAACCAGCAGCUAUGCAAGUACUGCUGUGCCUUCCAAGCCGACCUUGGACCUCAAUCUCGGAUCAUCAGAUCUCGGUGGUGACUUUUCGAGCAUGUUUGAUGGGUCUAAGGGACACAGCCCAAGUGAUUUGGGGCCGCCUCCUCCACCGCCCAAGCUUGCGUAUCAUCGAACCGAGUCUGAACCAAUGUUUCCGCCCAAAACACAUUCCAGACAAGCUUUUGGUCGUGCCCCGGAGGAGCUGAAGAGCAUCAGAGAUGCUGCAGGAUCGCCAUACUCGCUCGAUAGCCAAAGCUCGAAUGAAGGUUUAAUGGCGGGUGCGUCACCCAUGGGAUCACCUAGGUUGCCUGAGGAUGCGCCGCCAGUACCCGCACAUGGAUCUGGCCUCUCAAAUAUGGCUCCGGCAUUCCUGGGCAAGUCGAAAGCUGGAUACGCACCACUAUCUGACCGGACCUCACCUGGCUUCGAUUCGCGGAUGUCGCACGACAGCCAGAACGGCUACUCUGGAAGCGAUGUGAACGACGAGGCUGACAAUUACUCUUCCAGCGAGGACGAAGCGAUUAACUUUAAACGUGUCCAGCCAAACGACAGGAAUAAUACAGACGGAUUCUCAACCAGCAGAGAAUCCAGGUCAGCAACCGUCACGAGAAAGCCGCUUGCCGGUCCUUCAAAUGCGUCUCCGGCAACGCGUGCGCCAAAUGGUAUGCUUUCACAAGCAUCCGCGGGAGCCUCGAGAUCUGGCGCAAUGAGCCCAGCAAGCUCAGAGGGUGGAGGGUCGCUUUGGGAGUCGAGUAAUACCACACCUCGAGCAGCGACCGCCAAGCUCUCCAACAGCGAGACAACCUUCGAUUCAUCACCGGUCGGGCCUCCGAGUCGAGCAUUGAGACCUCAGCAUAUGCGGACAGAGAGUGGGACACUGAAGAAGAUGACGAAAGAGCAGUUUGAGCAGUUACAGCGCGGCGGUCCCAGCAGCGCGGAUCAGAGCGAUGAGGACGAUAAUUCUGCGGAUGAAUACGAUGCCGAGGACGACGCGGACAGGGCGAAGAGGCUGGCUCGGCAACGGCAAAAGCAAGAGGCGAAUAUGUCGGUCUACAGGCAGCAGAUGAAGAAAGUCACUGGAGGUGGUCCGGCAGAUCUGCCCUCUGCGGCUCGACCCAGUAUGGACCGAGCGGCCGCGAGUGCACCUGCGGCUGCUGGACUUUUGCAUUUUGGCGGUAUUGGAGGGCAGCCGCCUCCAGACUCUGUCCGUGGGAAGCAGACAGACGACGAUGACGAGGAUGUGCCGCUCGGGAUACUGCAAGCACAUGGAUUUCCCAGCUCAUCACGACCACCGACACGGCAGGGCGAGAACGAUCUUGGACAUCAAAGACGGAUGUCUUCGGCGACGUCGAUUGCUGGCGGCGGUGCAGGUCAAGGGAAUCUGCCUCCGUUUGCGAGGAGAUUACCACAGGAUCCGUACUUUGGCGCGAGUGUGGUGAACCAACCACAACGCGAGUCGCUGGGAAUGAGCGGCGCUGCAUCGGUCUACGGGGGCGCGUCAAUGAUGCAACAGCAGCAACCGAUGAUGCAGCCUCAACAGCAGCAGAUGGGCCAUCCUGGCGGUCUGGUCGGUAUUAUUGCUGGCGAGGAGCGUGCGAAGGCUGCAAGACGCGGCAGUCCAAACCCGGCCACUGGGGCAUUCCCAGGAGCUGGCGCGAACCCUGGGAUGGGCAUGGGACGGUCCAUGACGAUGGGCAACCUCCAACCUCCACAAACCUACAUGCCGAGCGGUGGCAUGAUGCCACAGAUGCCCAUGAUGCCGGGCAUGCCACCGAUGCCUCCAAUGCCCAUGAUGCCGUCCACCCCAGAUCCGCAGCAAGAGCAGAUGAAGCAGUUCAUGCAGAUGCAGAUGCAAUUCAUGCAGAACAUGAUGGAGAUGCAAAGCCGGCAAUUAGGCCAAACACCUCCACCUCAAACACCCUCCCCAGACUUCCUCGGCGUCCCCAUGCAAGGCAGUCGCCAGUCAAUGAUGAGCCAGGCCGGUCCAGGGACACCUUCCAUCCGAAGCCAAGCACCACCCUACCAAGGCCGCGCAAUGACCAUGACCCACCUGCCCACCCGCUGGGACGUUCCACCGGGCGCCCAGCGCCCCAACAGCGCCAUGCCCACCACCUACGCCCCCUCCGGCAUGAACGUCCCCGGCGCCGGCCCCGGACCCGGCUACGCCCCCUCCAUCGCCCCGAGCGAACGCAGCAACGUCGGCAUGCCCUCCCGCUACCGCCCCGUGACGAGCGGCGGCAACGACGGCAUGGGACGAAGUCAAACCAUGACCUCUUCCCUCACCGUCAACCCAUACGCGCCGCAACAUCAACAGCAGAACCUUUCGCCCGCGGUGCAGCAGCAACCGCCGCCGGAGCAGCGGAAGUCCUCAAUGAUCCGGCUGGUGGAGAAGCAGAAGGGGGCGCCGAGGGUGAUGGCGAAGCAGGUGCAGGCGGAUGAGGAAGAGGAGGAGGGGUGGGCGGAGAUGAAGAAGAGGAGGGAGAGGAAGAAGUUUGGGUUUGGACGGAAGAAGGAUAAUGGGGUGGAGGGGUUGUAUCAGGAGUAUGAGUGA